AUGGAGCGCUGGGAUUCACUGGGAUUUUUGAUUGUCACACUCAACUAUAAUGUGACUAUUGUAGGAAAAAUCUGGCUAAUGUUAAUACUUCUGCUGCGAAUGGCAGUGGUAGUGUUAGCAGGCUAUCCCCUUUACCAAGACGAGCAGGAGCGCUUCAUCUGCAACACCCUGCAACCAGGAUGCUCCAAUGUUUGCUAUGACUUAUUCUCUCCUGUAUCUCACUUUAGAUUCUGGCUCAUUCAGACUGUGUCUAUCCUGUUACCUUAUGCUGCAUUCAGUAUUUAUGUUUUGCACAAGGUAGCCAUGUACAUUGUAAGAAUGCACUGUUUGGUGCAAGGAUGCAAAGGGAAUAAAGGUUUAUCAAGCCCUAAAGACCUGAAGGAGCUCUGUGGAAAUGCGGUUGUCAACAGAUUAGAUUGUAGUGCAGACAACCUAAGUGUCCUUAAUUUUUCUGGGGCAUAUACACUUCAUCUUUUUUUUAGGACACUACUCGAAGCUGCCUUUGCAGCUGUGCAAUAUCUUCUUUUUGGAUUUUUUGUUCCUGAGCGCUUUUCCUGCUACCAUUCACCUUGUACAAGCACAGUUGACUGUUAUAUCUCCCGGCCUACUGAGAAAUCCAUCAUGAUGAUUUUCAUCUGGGGGGUCAGCAGUCUGUCCUUCCUGCUCAGCCUUGCUGAUCUUGUCUGUGCUGUCCAGAGGAUGACAGCAAGAAACCAAAAGAGCAAGCGGCUGGCAAACCUCCAUGUAGAGAAUGAGUCCAUGUUAAAUCUUCCCCCAAUACAGCAUGGUAGUUCUUCUCCACCUCAAAAUCAAGACUGUCCAGUAUCAAACAGCAGCCAGACCAGUGAUGGUUCCUGCUCACUUCGCUCUGAAGAGGAAGAAGAGGCUGUUCUCCAUCCUGAAGUGGUCUCUCGGCAAACUGCCAGCACUAACCUUAACAGCAACAGCAAUAAGCCCUUUAUGUCAGGAGAUCUUGUUGUUAAGCAAGACAGCACUGAAGAACCCUUGUAUCCUGGUGACCCCCAAGGAACUACAGGCAAGCAAGUGAGACCCAGCCUUCAGCAAGACUUGAUUAAAGAUACUGCCCUGACUUUGAGACCUCAGAUCAAGUCUCACCUUGGAGUUUCUUCCUCUGUAGUUCAGAGCAAGCUUUUAGGGUAUUACCCUUCAGCUGAGCUAAAAAAUGUUGAUGCUCAAUCAAAUUAUAGCAGCACUAGUUGCUUGAGGUCAAAAAAGUCAGAAUGGGUAUAG